GACAAAAAAAAGGGAAAAUUUUUAUAAUAAUACUAACAAGGCAGCUACAGCAAGGCUAAAGAAGCUUCUUUUUCUGCUUCAUCAAAAACCAGACUGCCUCUCUCUCUCUCUCUUCUCACCUUAGCCUCCUCCUUUUCUUCUUCAUUUUGCUUGUUGUAUAUAUUUAAGAAAAGAAGUUCUUAAAAGUUUGAAACCUUGAUGUCUACACCUUUAGAACAUGAUUACAUUGGCUUAACAGAGACUUCUUCAAUGGAAAGAAGCUCGGAGAAGAUAUCUUCUUCUUCUUCCUCUUCAACUCACUCCAUUGAAGACAAAACUAGCAAAACUACCAACAACACUUCUCUCAAUCUCAAAGAAACUGAGCUGAGGCUUGGUUUACCAGGUUCUCAGUCUCCUGAGAGAAAAGUCUCUCUUUUUGGCAAAGAUUUGGAGAGUAAUGAUAAAAUUAAUGGUUUUGCUGUGAGCCCUCUGAAGAACUUGGUGUCUGGAUUUAAAAGGGGUUUCUCAGAUGCCAUUGAUGGCUCUAAUGGGAAAUGGGUUUUCCCUAUGAAUGGUAAUUCUGAUGUUGAGUUGGCUACAGGUGCUGUCUUGGCCUCUCCUAGAGGUGGUUUGGAGAGCAAAACCAAUUCCCAGCAAGCAAGGGUAUCUGUAGCUGCCAUGAAAGAGGUUGGUGGUGUUCCCCUGUCUCCAAAGCCGGUUCAAGAUAAGAGUCUUGUUCCGGCCGCAAAUGAGCAUGCUAGUGCUCCUGCUGCAAAGGCACAGGUCGUUGGAUGGCCACCAAUUCGAUCAUUCCGGAAGAAUACCAUGGCUUCUAAUUUGGCAAAGAACAGUGAUGAAGCUGCCGGUUGCCUCUAUGUAAAGGUGAGCAUGGAUGGAGCACCAUACCUGAGGAAGGUUGACCUCAAGACCUACAAAAACUAUAUGGAACUCUCAUCAGCUUUGGAGAAGAUGUUCAGCUGUUUUACAAUUGGUCAGUGCAGUUCCAAUGGGCUUCCUGUGCGAGAUGGUCUCAGUGAGAGUCGUUUGAUGGAUCUUCUCCACGGAUCUGAGUACGUGUUGACAUAUGAAGACAAGGAUGGAGAUUGGAUGCUUGUAGGCGAUGUUCCAUGGGAGAUGUUCACCGAUUCGUGCAGGAGACUAAGGAUAAUGAAAGGUUCAGAGGCAAUUGGACUAGCUCCAAGGGCCAUGGAGAAAUGCAAGAACCAGAAUUAAUGCAAAAGCAUCUUGAAGACCAAAAGAAAACAAGUCUUCAAAAACUUCAGAAUUUUAAGGAUGAACAGUUGAGCACUUUACUCAAGAAUUAUAUAUAUGUUUUCAGAUAUCAUAAGUUUGAUGUAUUUAGUGGAAUUUAAGAAGGAAAAAAAAAAGGCCUUCUAUUAGACAAAUGAUGGCAUUGGAGACAUGUCCAAUUAUUUAAGGUUGCCUGGUUUACCUUUCUCUUCUUCUAUCUUUUUCUCCAUUUAUGUAUUUUCAGUACUGUGUAAAUGGAUUGAUUGUGGAUUGCCAAUCUCUUUCAUUUUUGUUCUUUCUCCAUCUCAAAAAGAAGAGCACGCCUGCCUUGAAAAGACUUUCUAAUCAAUCAGACAAAGAAUAGAAAAGCAAAGAAAAGGCCAUUGAUCAGUUGCAAUGAAUCUAAAACUUGGGGUGACAAAUGUUGGAAUUAGAUUAGUUACUGUUCUUGUUUGAGAAAAAGCCACAAAAUCCCGUCAUUUCAAACUUUGCAUUCUGAUUAGAACAAAGAAAAAAGUGUGCUCUAUUUGAGAUAUUUUCUUUUGUUGAUUAGUCAGGCAAUGGUGGUGUCACGCUAGUUUGGCACCAUGCCUUAAUGAUUAGGGUUAUAACAUGAAUCAGCUAAUUUUUUCAUCCAAAAACACCUCAGUGUGGGUGAUGUCUAAUUGGACAGAACA